CGAAGUAAUUUGGUCGAUAGACUUUUUAUGGUUUUUCCAGAUUGAUGACUCUUUGCUAUCUGCGAAUACCUUGCAACAGUUGAGAACCGCACUCCCUCCAUUAGAUGUAAUCAAAAAACUUUCUGAAGUGGAACCAUCUAUGUUGGAAGAAAUGCCUGAGGGGGAACAGGUAGAAAUCUUUAGCAGUUGGUCCUGCUGCGGAGUACAUGGAAGACCAUUUGCUCCAUUUGCUUCUAUUAAUUUUAAUGUGCUUAGUUCUUGGCAUCGCUUGCAUCCAUCAAAGCGCUUCCAUUACGGCUUGACCUCAUCAUUUUCAAACUUCGCUUCCAAGAGCUCUUAAAU